AUGGACGGUAGAAAUUGCACGGGCAGAAAGAUAUCACUACUCAACGACAGUAGUGACGUGGCCGUGCCGACGAAGCUUCCCCCGCUACAUUCUCGCACCUCGAGCUGCACUUCCACCCCCAGCCUCAGUCCCCAGACUCCGACUCUGAGUCGCAGCAGCUCGAGCGAUUCCCGCGCCUUCGCCAGCCCUUCGCCUCUGACGCCCUCGUACAACAGCUUCGAGCAGGCCACCCAGGCGAAGCACCACCAUCACCAGCAAUAUUACCUUUCCAACCACCACCACUACGCCAAGAUGGACGACCAAAAUGCGUCCAUGUAUCCACCCAUUCCCGAUACGACUGGCGUGAUGCCGUCCGCCUACCCGAUUCCCGCAAUGCCUCAGCAACCGAUGCAACAACAGCCACCAUCCGCCCAGCAGCUCUACCGCAUGUCCGCCUCUCCCUCGUCUGAACCGUCGCGCGUGUCGACAGUCUCCGCACAGUCCAACCAAAAGGCUCAACCGAAGAAGAAUCAGUACCCUUGUCCAAUGGCGAAGCAAGUAGGCUGCACCGAUUUCUUCACGACAUCUGGUCACGCCGCACGACACGCCAAAAAGCACACUGGCAAGAAGGACGCGUUUUGCCCGGAAUGCAACAAGGCUUUCACCCGCAAAGACAACAUGGAACAGCACCGGAGAACGCACCAGAACGGUCGCGGCGCGUCCAGGUCCAGCAACGACGACUCCAAGGUCAAGAAGCCGACGAAGCAGACGACCAAGAAGAGCGUGCCCAAGGCGGAGCCACAGCUCGAGGCAGCCGUAGAGCAGCAGCUCGCAGAACAAGCACAACAGGCAACACAAUCGCAGAGCAUCGCCCCGAUUCUUCCAGUGCAUGGCAUGCCACAACAGACAGCCGAGCAAGCGCUCCUCCUCCCAGCGACAGGCCCAUACUUCUUGAAUGGUGGCAUCGACCCAGGCCCGAUUCCAGCUUUGCCAAUGGCAAUGCCAGACCUCACCGCGCGCCCACCACUUCACCGAUCGAGCUUUGCCAACUCUCUGGAAUUCGUCCCGCCAACAGCACCGAUGAUGGACCCAGACACUCUGCACUACAGCUACCCGUCUCCAGGACUAUCUAACGGAUUGAACUCCCUGGCCCUGGCGGCUUGCGAGCACCGUCGGAUGUCUGAAAAGUCAUCAUCACAGAGUCCUUCACAAGAAACACCCUAA